GGAGCCGAAUGAAAGGCGGCGCCGAAGUCAAAAGGAGCACGCCGCCAUAGCGACCACUGUCAACAAACCACUAUCAUGUUCAAGAACACCUUUCAGAGCGGCUUUCUGUCUAUCCUAUACAGUAUAGGAAGCAAGCCUUUACAGAUAUGGGACAAAAAGGUUCGAAAUGGACACAUCAAGAGGAUCACAGACAACGAUAUUCAGUCACUGGUGUUGGAGAUUGUUGGUGUAAAUGUGAGCACUACAUACAUCACAUGCCCCGCUGAUCCUAAGAAGACCCUCGGAAUAAAACUGCCGUACCUUGUAAUGAUCGUCAAAAAUCUUAACAAAUAUUUCACAUUUGAAGUUCAGGUUUUGGAUGACAAGAAUGUCAGACGACGUUUCCGUGCCAGCAACUACCAGUCCACAACGAGAGUGAAGCCUUUCAUCUGUACCAUGCCUAUGCGUCUGGAUGAGGGAUGGAACCAGAUUGUGUUCAACCUUGCUGACUUUGUGAGAAGAGCUUAUGGAACCAAUUAUGUUGAGACCUUGAGGGUUCAGAUCCAUGCCAAUUGCCGCAUUAGAAGAGUUUACUUUGCUGAUCGUCUUUACUCAGAAGAAGAAUUACCUGCAGAGUUCAAACUGUACCUCCCUGUUCAAACAAAGGCCAAAUCUGCCAUUUAGAAACCUCAUACUCUUGGUUAUAAAUUAUGAAUAUAUUGACUACAUUCAAAUCCAUAACCAGAAUUUUUGCACCCUUUCUAAGUCGUUUAUUUUUAUCACAGCUCUUAGAAAAUAUUGAGGUAAAUAUGUGUUUGUGUGUGUGUGUGUGUGUGUGUGUGUGUGUGUGUGUGUGUGUGUGUGUGUGUUCUGUAUUUUAUCAAUGGGAUGAUGGUGCACAUAUUUUUCAUUGAAAAUACUGUGCCAUAUGUAAUGUAAUCAAAUCUUAUUGAAGGACAGGCCUUAAAAAUAUAUUAGGAAAAUAUAUACUGCACCUAAUGGGAACCACUGAGGAUGGCCUACUUUUGUAGUAAUUUUCCAAGUUCCACUGCUCUUUAGUGAUUAAAAGAGUAAAUCCCCUAUGGCUAAGUGCAGAUAAAUUUUCUAUGGUCUGUUAUAAUAAUCUCUUGGGUAACCCAAUUAAAUUAUGAUUUCUGGAAGCCAAAGUAAAAAAUAAGGAUUCUAUGUCAGCUAUCCACAUACUUAAGCACCGCUAGGCCUGGGUAGCUCAGCUUAAGAUUGCUUGGCUGCAUGCAUUUGUGGCUCAUGAGUGACACUUCUGUAUCAGGGAGGGAGUGAGCACCUUCACAUCACCUUGGUUAUGUCACACAGUCUUUUAGUGACUUCGUUCCAUUGACAGUAAGAACACUUUACUUAGACAACUAUUGGAAAUUACAAGGAAUGUCCAAAUCGUUGCUACCUACUUAUGUUCACAAUUUUGUACGCACUUUUUACAGCUCCUGCUUCCAAUAAAAUUGGAAGCAAUUCUGUAGUUUCCCAUGCUUCAUUAUUUACAUAUUGAAAAAUGCUAUUGUUUGUUUUGAGUUAUUUAUUUUAUUCAUGGUGUGGUGAUGUAGCAGAAUUAAAGUUUUUGUUAAUAACUAAGAGAUCCUGGUUCAAAUCUUUGCCUUGUGGAGACAAUCUGGGCUUGUCUCCUCUAGUGCUGUAGCCCUUGGUCACCUAGCAGAGAGUAGUUAUAGGAUGUGAGCUGAAGACCUUGGAACCUUGCAACUUUGCCAAGGAGGGAGGGUCUGGUUACUGCAGAUUUUCAUUUGAAAUGAUAAUUAUUUUGUUUCAGGAGCAUUAUGUAUGAAGAGGAAACAUGUAAAGUAUAUUGAAGUAGUAUGAUUGAUUUUAUGGAGAGGUUAUGAUUGGAAGUGGAAUUAUUUUGAAUUCCUCCAGAACCUCAUUAGUUCUAGCUAUAAUUUAUAUUUAUACAUAUAUUGGACUUUGCUGAUCACAGUUCCUUGUAUUGUAUAAUUAAAGAGAGAUUUAUGCAGUGAUGAGAGGAUGAGAGUAGUGAGUCCGGAUGUGUUAUGUGGUAUUAGUGCCUGUCCAAGGAAGUCUAAAUUGUAGGAAGGAACACAGAGAUGUAUGACAGUACGAAGAGCAUUGAAGUGAAGAGUUGAUGAAGAAGGUGUAUGUAAGCAAAGUUGGUGUUAAUAGGUGGCUACUUGGAAGAUGGAAGGAUAGGUUAAAGAAGUAUAUAAGUGAAACAGGUGUUAGCAAAGGCCAAGUGUUUGAACAAGCAGUGAGGGAAUGUUUGGAUAGGGAAGGUGGAGGUUCUUUUGCUGGGGUCAUGCUCCUAGAAGGAGUGAGACAUUAGAAAGAUUGAUGGAUAGACAAUAUAAUCACUUUCAGUAUGUAAUGAUUACAGAAGCUAUACCAUCUUCCAUUGAUCAGCUGGUCUUGACCGAAUUCUCAUCCACUUCCUUCUCAUUCUUUUUCUUAUCUUUAAUCAGCUCACUGUUGGCUUCUCACAGGUUAUGGUUAUUUUUGCUAUAUAACCAUCAGUAGGUAUACAUGUAUUAGGAAGAGAAUAUCAAUCACUUGAAAUCUUGAAGGACAUUAUGUGUGCUUGGAAUUUCAUAUUCACUAUGAAAAUGCACAACUAAUCUAGAUCAAUACAUCUUAUCUCAAAUAAAGAAAAAUAUGCAUGUUUUUGUCAGUUUCAUGACAACACAAAGGAAACAAACACAAAGUUGAAUAAAUACACCUUUAUUAAAAAA